GGGCUGCUUGUGCGCCGGCUGCGGUCUGUCCGCCAGUCUGCUGGCCCCCGGCGCCGCGUCUGUUGGUCGGUCUCGCCACCCGCCCCGCGCCUCGAUGUCGCCGGCCGCAGAAGGCCUGGCCCCUCUCUGCUUCAACUGCUCCAUCCACCUUGGAGACUUGUCCCCAGGGGAUGCAAGGAGCCUUUUGCCCUGCAAUGGCAGUAGGGCCUCGGGGCUCCACGACCCUGAGGACUUGAACCUCACUGAUGAAGAACUGAGACUCAAGUACCUGGGGCCCCAGCAGACAGAGCUGUUUGUGCCCAUCUGCGCCAUGUACCUGCUGAUCUUCGUGGUGGGCACCGUGGGCAAUGGGCUGACCUGCACGGUCAUCCUGCGCCACAAGGCCAUGCGUACCCCCACCAACUACUACCUCUUCAGCCUAGCUGUGUCCGACCUGCUGGUGCUGCUUGUGGGUCUGCCGCUGGAGCUCUAUGAGAUGUGGUGUAACUACCCCUUCCUGCUGGGCGCUGGGGGCUGCUACUUCCGCACGCUGCUCUUCGAGACAGUCUGCCUGGCCUCCGUGCUCAAUGUCACCGCCCUGAGUGUGGAGCGCUACAUGGCCGUGGUGCAUCCGCUGCAGGCCAGGUCCAUGAUGACUCGGGUCCACGUGCGCCGUGUACUCGGGGCCAUCUGGGGCUUCGCUGUGCUUUGUUCUCUGCCUAACACCAGCCUGCAUGGCAUCCAGCAGCUGGAACUGCCCUGCCGGGGCAUAGUGCCCCACUCGGCUAGGUGCACCUUGGUCCACUCGCAGGCUCUCUACAACCUGGUCAUGCAGAUCACCACUCUGUUCUUCUUCUGCCUGCCCAUGGCCACCAUCAGCGUGCUCUACCUGCUCAUCGGGCUUCAGCUGCGGCGUGAGAGAUUGUGGCUGCUCAGGCAGGAGGCCAGGGCCAGGCCCAGUGACAGCUGCAGGUUUCAGCGGUCGCAGGAUCAGAGCCGGACACAGGUGACCAAGAUGCUGUUUGUGCUGGUCGUGGUGUUUGGGAUCUGCUGGGCCCCUUUCCACGCUGACCGCCUCAUGUGGAGCUUUGUGUACCAGUGGACCGAGGGCUUGGAACUGGCCUUCCAGUACGUGCAUGUUACCUCCGGCAUCUUCUUCUACCUCAGCUUGGCCAUUAACCCUGUGCUCUACAACAUCAUGUCGAGCCGCUUCAGGGAGACUUUCCAGGAAGCCCUGUGCUUGAGGACUCGGUGCCAAUACCACAGACCCUGCCGCAACUCCCACAGCCUCAGCAGGGUGACCAUGGGCAGCACCCUGUGUGACCUGGGCCCCCCGGGCAUCAGGAUCCACCCGCUGACUGAGAAUGGUGGCUGAGAGGGGCUGUAAGAGACUGACCCCUUCUGAGUGUCAGAGUGCCACAUGCAGUUUUGGGAACCACACUUGCCCUCCUCUUCAUGACCUGUUCCCCCUUGUGCCCCGUCCUCACUUCAGCCGAUAAGCUCGGACCGGCACCUCAGCGACUCCCCCCCCCCAAGAUUUUGGAAGGGAUAUAAGGUCGCUGCCUGCCCUCCAGAGCCCCAGGCCCACAGGUGAAGUCCUUCCUCUACAGAAACAAGGCAGCUGGUUAACUGGCAGAGCAAGCCUCCGCCUGGGGUCUCCCCCACCCCCACCCCCACUUUCUGAAAUGUGUUCAUGGGGCCCCACCUUUCCUUCCCAUUUCUCAUUGAGAUUCUGUAGGUUCUGACCCCUUCUGGCCCUCUCUAGCUCUUGGCUUGUGCCUGGGACCCCUGCCAACCUGAUCCUCCAAGGCCCCCACCCAGUCUGGAUCUCCACCUGGUGGGGUGGCUGGGCAGCGGGGCUGCCAGGGAUCCGGGGGACCUGGUUCUGAUCUCAGCCCUGCUGCCACCUCCUUGCCAGGUGGCAUCACCUUUCCCAGCCUUGGUCCCUUGUUUGCAAAAUAAAAGGGGCCCUGGGCGCCUGGGUGGCUCAGUUGGUUAAGCGACUGCCUUCGGCUCAGGUCAUGAUCCUGGAGUCCCGCAUCGGGCUCCCUGCUCGGCGGGGAGUCUGCUUCUCCCUCUGACCCUCCCCCCUCUCAUGUGCUCUCUCUCAUUCUCUCUCUCUCAAAUAGAUAAAUAAAAUCUUAAAAAAAAAAAAUAAAAGGGGCCCUGACAUUUCAGAGUGUCACACUUCGGCACUUCACCUGUGGUUUUCUGUGUGUGUGCAUAAAUCACGACUCGUAACAGAACUGCUGGAAAACCUAAGACCAACAAGGCGGAAAUUAUUCUCUACUUCCUCACCAGCUCACCACCCCCCAAUUCCUGUUCCCUCCCCCGACCUCUGUGUCCCCCCGCACCACCCCCCCAGAGCCACUCCUGGCAUGUUCUUUGCUUGGCACCCACUGAGGGCCUCCCAUUCCCCAUGUGUGUGGGAGGGAGGGGGGUGGGAACCCCUCAGUGUGUGACUCAUUGGAGACCAAGCCCAGGCUCUCACUACAGAAGCUGAAAGGCUCCCAGAUGCUCUCCACUGCUGAUGUCACCCUGUGGCCCAUGACUUGCACUCAGACAGCUGGAUGAUCCGACAUGGGACUCCUUCUCUGGAGCGAGUGAUACUGAGACCCGUGACGAUCCGUGGGCCUCCUGCCACCCAGCCUCCCUUGGUUUCUGCCCAUUUUCUCUGCCAGCUUUUCCAGCCUUCCUGUUGAUGUUCUGAGCUGCUGAGAGCUUUUCAAUAAAUUCCUUUUCUGCUUGAGUUGGCUAGAGUCGUUUGCUGUUGUUUGCAGCUGAGAACCUUAACAGAUUCAUCUGUUCACUGGUUUGAAGGUUAUGCAUUGUUUGUUCUACUAGUGGUUAUCUUUACACAUUUCUAAGAUGAGCAGAUGUUAUCACUGAUUUGUUACAACCCCAAACAACAAACAGUCUGUAGUACUUCAUGAUCAUUGUCCCUCUAGCUCGUUGUUUUUAAAACUAUCUUUUGUGGGGUUUUUGUUUUAAAGAUUUUAUUUUAGAGAGAGCAUGCGUGCAAGAGAGAGAGAGCAUGCGCACAAGCAGGGGGGAAGGGCAGAGGGAGAGGGACAAGCAGACUCCCCACUGAGUGCAGAGCCUGACAUGGGGCUCAAUCUCAUGACCCUGAUAUCAUGCCCUGAGCCGAAAUCAAGAAUCAGAGGCUCAACUGACUGAGCCACCCAGGCGCCCCUCUUUUUUUUCUUUUUUAAGACAAGAAAAAUGAGGACAGACUUAAGGAAUUUGAUGCUAGAGACAUAUUUACAUGUUUCUAACAGUCUAAAAACCUCGUCAGCACAAGAAGAGAACCGGAGUGUGCUUCUCCUGACAAAGCAGUAGGGUACAGAAGUGGUGAGCAAGGACUCUGGAGUCAGGCUGCCCAGGUUUGAAUCUGGGCUCAGCCACUAAUUACCCUUAAAAGUCAGAAUGACCUGGGGCCAAAGCCAGACUGGACUGAAAGGUAUUGACAUCUCUAAACAGAGAAUGUGCCACCUGCCUGCACCCAAAUAAAACUCCCAGGCCCAUACUGACAACAGCAUCCUUCCAAACAGUGUCCAAGUGCCUAAAUCUACAAGGUUUAGUGUGAGGAAGGUAGUUACUCUCUAAGGUAAUUGUCCCUCUGUGUGGCCUCUUGAAACGCUGUACCCCAACCUCACCCUGUUUCAAGCUUCUGCACAGGGCAGGGAAGGACAACAGGGGGGCUGUUUAGGAACAGAGGCCCAAGGCCCAGGGGAGGGACUCAUGGAAGGCUAUACCUGACUGGUAAGAGUACCCUUGCUCAGGAGAAGUGGCCCGAGGCUGGGGCGAGACUGGAAGGCCUGGAAGCUGCUACCACAUUCUCUGGAACAUCUGCAAGAGGACCUGGGAUCUUUUUAGCUAAGAUUCAUGUACCUUCAUCAGCAUUAAAGCCAGGUGGGCAUCAUCCAUUCAGCUAACAUCUGUUGAGCACCGUGCGCCUGGCAUCAUACAGAGCUGGAACGGGGACAUACAAAUAUACUGGCGUGUAAGUGCUCUGACAGCUGGGACUCUGGGGGCACAGAAAAGGGGCACCUGCCCCAGGGGAGGGAAGGCGUCCAGGAGGAAGUGAUGCUGCUCAAGACUCAAAGUCCUGGGAGACGGGGUCUGACUGGCCUCUGAGCUCUGGCCAGGGGAGGGUGGAGCAUCUUUAAGGGCAAUUCCACCAAAACUGAAUCCAGGGAAGGAGGGAGGAGACCCUAAAGGGAAUGAAGGCUGUCGGGAGGAGGCGUGGACAUCAGACAGGCAAAAACAAAGCAAAGCAGACUGUGUUCCACAUUCACAGCUGUCCUUCUCUGUACUUUCCUGGCUGUUCUUCCUGGAAUUUGGAUUUGGAAUUUUCCCGCCAAUCUUUUUCCCUGUCUGGUUUACCUUUGUUAGACAUGCAUAGGCAGGAUUUCUUUUGUUUCUAUUUUAGUAAAUUAAAAAAAAAAAAAGUACAAAAAUGAAAGUAAUACUUAAAAAAUUUUCUUUUCCAAUUUAUUUAAGUAAUCUCUACACCCUUGAACUCUUUUCCCACUGAGCCAGCCAGGUGCCCCGAAAGUAGUACUUCUAUUCCCAGCACCGAAAUUAACCUCUGUUAAGAUUCUGGCAAUUUGAUUCCGAUCAUUUCCUCACACAUAUCCCCUGCCCCCAUAAUGAAUAAUAGAUUGUUUUCAAUCAUUUGCUUUACAAAACAAACUGCCUAGGACCAUCAGGUGGAAAAUCAAUGGUUAUAAUGGAUGAUGAAGCGAGAACACCCAAACUGAUCAGUUUUAACAUCUCUAAAGUGGGACAACCGGGCAUUAAGUGCCCCCUAGAGGUAGGCAAAAGAAGUACAUGCCACCAACCAUGAAGUCUUACUGCAAAAAACCCUGAGCUUUAAUCUAAUGAAGGCUCCAGAUCUAACUACCAGUUUACAAGAACUGAGGGUGGACAAAUAUGUUCAAGAUACCUUAAAGGUGUCAGCCAAAUCCAGAAUAAGGAUAAAUUCUAUAGGACAAAUGACUUGGUUUCUUCAAUAAAUAGAUAACAUUUAAAAGAGGUUCUCUUCUUCGACCUUGGCUGUAGCAACUUCUUGCUAGACAGGUCUCCAAAGGCAAGGGAAACAAAAGCAAAAAUGAACUAUUGGAACUUCAUCAAGAUAAAAAGACAACAGACAGAAUGAGAGAAGGUAUUUGCAAAUGACAUAUCAGAUAAAGGACUAGUAUCCAAAAUCUAUAAAGAAUUUAUCAAACUCAACACCCAAAAAACAAAUAAUCCAGUCAAGAAAUGGGCAGAAGAUAUGAACAGACAUUUCUCCAAAGAAGACAUACAAAUGGCCAACAGACACAUGAAAAAAUGCUCAACAUCACUCGGCAUCAGGGAAAUCCAGAUCAAAACCUCAAUGAGAUGCCACUUCACACCGGUCAGAAUGGCUAAAAUUAACAAGUCAGGAAACAACAAAUGUUGGUGAGGUUGCGGAGAAAGGGGAACCCUCCUACACUGUUGGUGGGAAUGCAAGCUGGUGCAGCCACUCUGGAAAACAGUAUGGAGGUUCCUCAAAAAGUUGAAAAUAGAGCUACCCUACAACCCAGCAAUUACACUACUGGGUAUUUACCCAAAGGAU